CCUGUCGGCUGCCCCCGGCUCUACACCGGUUGUAGCCUCCCUGUGUGCAGCAGCGGGGCCGACGCGGAGAAGUGUCGCUACUUUGUGGGAAACUUUCUCCAUCUCCGUCCACCGCUCCGCACCUUCCGCUCUCCAGUUUGAAGACGAAUUAAAAACCAAUCAUGGGGUCUUUUGGUCACGGCUCGGCGGUUUUCCUUGUUGCCUCCUUGGUCACCCUUGUCGGUGUCUGCUACGGAGGCUCGGACGCGCCCCGGGGAGUCGCCAUGGGGUUCGUGUUUGACCCCAAAGCGAAGUGCGACCCGCCGUGCGAACACGCAGGAAUCUGCAUCCGCAACAACACAUGCUUCUGCUCCAAGGGCUACGAGGGAGAGACCUGCAAAUAUGCCAACUGUUAUCCCAAAUGUAAAAAUGGAGGAAUUUGUCUCCGCCCUGGAAAGUGCAGAUGCCCUCCUGGAUAUGGAGGAAGAUACUGCCACAAAGUGACCUGUGAUGGGGGAUGUUGGAACGGAGGAGAAUGCACCGCUGUCAAUGGAGUGGCCAAGUGCAUCUGCCCUUCAAGCUGGACCGGAUCAAAAUGCCAAGAGGCGCUUUGCCCGCAAGGCUGUAGAAACGGGGGCAUCUGUGUGGCCCCAGGAAUCUGCAGCUGUCCGGAGGGAUGGCUGGGUGGUGCCUGCCAUACUGCUGUGUGCACUCAGCCCUGCCUGAAUGGAGGGAAAUGCAUUUCUCCCAACAAAUGCCGCUGUCGGCCCCCUUUCUCUGGACCUCACUGUGAGGAGAGGAAAAAGUCCCACUAGUGUGACACAGCCGGGGUCAGAGCUCAAUGAGACCCCAACAAUGUUGUUAGGAUGAUUGUGUUUUUGUAGUUGAAAGUAGUUUUUACUUCUUUUUUUAAAACCAUUUUAUAUGUAAUUCUUCUACAUUUUACUGUAUAAACAUGCAACGUACUGUAUUGAAAUUUGUCAUUAAAUGAAAAAAACUGCACUGUA